AUGGCGCCCAUCAGCGACACGCCGGCGCAAAAGGCCCUGGCGGACAUGCUCGUCGCCGAGGGCCAGGGCCACCUCUUCGCCGCCUGGAGCGACGGCGACGGCGCCGAGAAGCGCGCGGCCUUUUACGACCAGAUCGCGACGCUCGACGGGUCCUACCCCGGCGGCCUCAAGGGCUACCUCGCGUCGGCGCGCACGCUGCUGGCGUCGAGCGCGCGCGGCGACAACCCGCUCGACGGCUGGACGCCGAGCGUGCCCGCGGGCGAGUCGCUCGCGUUCGGAAGUCCCGAGUGGCUCGCGCACGAGGCGUCGGGCCUCGGCGAGGCGGCGCAGUGCGGCUUCGUCCUCGUCGCCGGCGGCCUCGGCGAGCGGCUGGGCUACAGCCGCAUCAAGGUGGAGCUGCCGACGGAGACCGCGAGCAACACGUGCUACCUCAAGUACUACGUCGAGACGCUCUUAGCGCUCGAGAAGAAGUCCGGCGCGAAGGCGCCGCUGCCGCUCGCCAUCAUGGUGAGCGGCGACACGGAGGCCAUGACCGUCGCGCUCCUGAAGGAGCACGGCGACUUCGGCGCCGCGCCGGGGCAGAUCACCCUCGUCAAGCAGGAGAAGGUCGCGGCGCUCCAGGACAACGACGCGGCGAUCGCGCCCGACGGCCCCUACGGCGUCCAGGCCAAGCCCCACGGCCACGGCGACGUCCACAUGCUGCUCCACUCGAGCGGCCUCGUCAAGCGGUGGGCCGACGCGGGCCGCAAGUGGGUCUACUUCUUCCAGGACACGAACGGCCUCGGGUUCCGGCCGCUCCUCGCGACGCUCGGCGUGUCGAAGAGCCUCGGCCUCCACUGCAACUUCCUCACGGUGCCGCGGUUCCCCGGCCAGGCCGUGGGCGGCAUCGCCAAGCUGACGCACACGGACGGCCGCGAGAUGACGCUCAACGUGGAGUACAACCAGCUCGACCCGCUGCUCCGCGCGACGGUGAACAAGAACGGCGACGUCGCGGGCGACGACGGCGUCCACAGCCCCUACCCGGGCAACAUCAACCAGUUCGUCCUCGACUGCGGCAAGUACGCGGCGACGCUCGCGCGCACGUCGGGCGUCAUGGGCGAGUUCGUCAACCCCAAGUACGCGGACGCGGCGAAAAAAAAGUUCAAGAAGCCCGCGCGCCUCGAGUGCAUGAUGCAGGACUACCCCAAGGUGCUGCCGGAGAGCGAGAGGGUCGGCUUCACGUCCGUCGAGUCCUGGAUCUCCUUCAGCCCCUGCAAGAACGCGACGGCCGACGCCGUCGGCAAGAACCCGCCCGCGUGCGCGCUGUCCGCCGAGGCGGACCAGUACUUCCACUGCGCGGAGAUGCUCCGCUGGGCCGGCUGCGACGUCCCGAAGAAGGGGCCCAAGGAGACCUGGGACAAGAUCUCGUCCGACGUCCUCUCGCCCUCCGUCGUGCUCAAGCCGUCGUUCUGCUCGUCGCUCGCGGAGCUCAAAGCGAAGCUCCCCAAGCCCGCCUUCGUCUCGUUGUCCAAGACGUCGACGCUCAUCCUCGGCGGCGACGUCGAGGUCCGGUCCCUCAAGCUCGACGGCGGCCUCGUCGUCAACGCGCAGCCCGGCGCCAAGGUCGUCGUCGACCACGCCGUCGUCAAGAACGGCGGCUUCACGCGCGGCGCGUGCCCGGCGGACGCGCCCGAGGCCGUCAAGAUCCGCGGCUUCGACACGACCUUCGGCGACGACGUCGCGACCUUCGACGUCGAGGAGGGCACCUGGCUCAUCUCCAACGACGCCGACGGCAACGUCUCCGCGACGAAGCUCAGCCCCGUCCGCGUCGACUCCGACGGCUGCCACGCGAACUGCGCGAUCGCCUAG